UAAUAGUAAAUCCAAUAAUAGUAGUCGUGUGCCCGUAUUUCGCAUUGAUUGUUAAUUAUAUAGUUCGCAAAAUAGCGCGUUCAGGCGACUGGCAACUUUGCCACUCACACAGAAUCGCGCACACGGCUGGCAGGCCAGUUAAACGAACAUUAUUUUACUUUUUUUUGACCACUGCACUCCACACGUUUUUACGUAGCUUUUUAAAAUAGCUGAAUUCGUGGAGCCUGACAAAUUUUGCGCGGCUUAAUCAAAGUUAGUGGCUGUAUUCAAGUAUCCAAUAAGAAAACUCUGCGAAAAUGAUGUAAAGGAAAACUCUCAAGUAGUCCAACUGUGUGUGCGUGUGUGUGUGAUGUGUGUGUUGGUGUGUGGAAAUUAACGUAGUGUGAAGAAGAAAAGCGAAGGAAAAGCGACAAUUGCAGUCCAAGGCGAACAACAAAAGCAACUGAAGGUUGCCCAAGCCCCCACGCCCCCUUCGCCUUCCGCCCCUUUGGAGGACAACAAACGGGAGCGCAAGGAAACGGCGCCGUCAUGGAGGAGAAGCGCAUCGCCGAUUACUUUGUGGUGGCCGGAAUGCCGGAGCAUCCGCAGCUGCUACAGGAAAACAGCUUCAAUGACUCGGGAAGAUUACGGGCUGCGAGCACCAUUGAACCGAUCACAGACAUCGGCGUCUAUUUCCCAUUGCUGGGCGAGGACGUACCCGAGGGAUAUGAGAUUCUUUCGCACACGCCUACGGGUCUGCAGGCGAACCUCAAUCACGGAUCAGUCCGCACCACCGACUGUUACAUCUACUUCCGGCGGGGCAAGGAUCGACCGCCUCUAGUGGAUAUAGGAGUCCUUUACGAUGGCCAUGAACGAAUCAUGUCGGAUGCAGAAAUCGUGGCGGAGACGCCUGGCGGACGGGUGGCCAACGUAAACAACUCAUCGGCCAAAACCUUCCUCACAUACCGUCGUGCCCGGGCAGACAUGCCCUGCAACGAACUGGUGGUCACCGAAUUGUGCGUUAUUGUCCAGAGUAAGGGUGAGCGUGCACCGCAUGCCUUCUGCCUGAUCUACAAGACCCUAAACAAGGGCUAUGUGGGCAGCGAUGUCUAUCUGUGCUAUAAGAAAUCCAUGUAUCGGCCGAAGCAUAUCAGCUACAAACCGGAGAUCCUGCUGCGCUACCCCACCGUCGACCACAACGACUUCCCGCUUAAUCUUUGUCCGAGCGUACCGCUCUUUUGCUUGCCAAUGGGCGCUUCCCUGGAGGCUUGGCCGCAUGUCAAUGGAACGGAGAAGCGAAAGCCCAUCAGUCCGGUAUUUAGUACCUUUGUACUGACGGUCAACGACGGCACCUACAAGGUUUACGGAUCCGCGUUGACUUUCUAUGAGGACUAUGAUGAGUCGCAGUUGUCGGCGGAGCAAAAGGAGCUGCUUGGUUGGAACGAGGAGUUCGGCAGCCAGCACUCGCUGCACAUGAUCAAGGCCAUAUGCCUGCUGUCGCAUCAUCCCUUCGGCGACACCUUCGACAAGUGGCUGAAGUACCUCCAUCACAUGGUUCUGUAUGGCGUUAAUAUUCCCAUACCCGUGGAACGCUACAUAACCCAGCUGCUGGACGAGGUGCCGUUCCCGGCGCCUAGCAUCCACCUUCAGUUGUCCAGCGAGUCUAACGAUCGUAUCCUGCUCACCCAGCCAGAGGAUUCACCGUUACCGCGAAGUGGCGCUGGCUUCCACAUGCUGCUCCAGAAUCUGGGCACCGAUAAUUGUCUGCAUGUGCUACUGUUGGCCCUUACCGAACAGAAGAUACUCAUUCACUCACUCAGACCUGCCACGUUAACUGCUGUGGCCGAGGCCAUUGUCUCCCUGCUGUUCCCAUUCAAAUGGCAGUGUCCGUAUAUCCCACUCUGCCCGCUGGGAUUGGCAGAGGUUCUCCAUGCCCCAUUGCCUUAUCUCAUUGGCGUGGACUCGCGUUUCUUUGAUCUGUACGAGCCGCCUACGGAUGUCACCUGCAUUGACCUGGACACCAACAAUAUUAGUUUAUGUGAAUCGCAGCGCCAUUUGUCACCCAAGCUCCUUCCAAAGCGAGCAGCCCGUUUGCUUCGCCAGACGCUCACUGAAUUGGAGAAUGCCAAACCCAUCAGCUAUGACUCUACGAACAGCUUGGAUCGCGACAUUAGAAAACGGAAACGGGAGCUGGUGCUGGAGCAGCGCAUUCAGGAAGCCUUCCUGCUUUUCAUGGCCAGCAUUCUGCGGGGCUACAGAGACUUUCUGGUGCCCAUUUCGAAGGCGCCCUCCGUGGGAGCCACCGAUCCGAGUGCCCUAUUCCAGUUGAAGGCGUUUUUGCGAUCGCGGGAUAAGUCUCAUCAGAAGUUCUUCGAGCUGAUGAUGAAGACCCAGAUGUUUAUCCGAUUCAUCGAGGAACGCUCUUUUGUCUCUGACGGCGACCAUGGCCUUAGCUUCUUCGACGAGUGUGCGGAAAAGGUGGGCAACUACGAUGAGACACCCGCCCAGCUGCAUUUGGUUGACUGGGACACGGGCCAGAAUAGCGAACGGACCAAAUACAUCUUUCCGCCGGACAGUGUGACUCCAGCGGGAUCUCAAGCAGCCGGAGGAGGAGUAGGAUUGGCCUACAACUACGAGAACUUCACAUUGCAGCCAGAGCUUCUGCAGAGCACGAAGAAAACAGCCCUAUCGAAAUUCCUGCAGCUGCAGCUAAACGCAUCACUCUCGCCAGGAUCACCGAUUGCCCGGCGAACCAAGCACGAGAUCAAACUUUCCCAGAAGAUGGCCAGCCGGUGCCAACAGCAUCCGGAGGCAUGGUCGAAGUACCUGUUGGCCACCUGCUACUCGCUUUACUUCCUCAUCCUGCCCUCAAUGGUCUUGGAUACGCGACAUGCCGGCAAGGAGCCGGAUAUUCUGCGCGCCGCUUAUGAUGUUCUGGUGCGAGCAAGUCGCUUGAAGAUCACCUGCGACGAGUUCUGCUACAGGAUCAUGAUGCAGCUGUGCGGUAUCCACAAUCUGCCGGUGCUGGCCGUUCGCCUUCACUAUCUGAUGAAGCGCUCGGGCGUGCAGGCCAAUGCUUUGACCUAUGGAUUCUACAAUCGCUGCGUCCUGGAGUCCCAGUGGCCGCAGGAUAGUACCACGCUGAGUCAGAUCCGCUGGAACCGCAUCAAGAACGUGGUACUGGGAGCUGCCCAAUUUCGAAAGGCUGGUAAGCAAAGGGCUGCCUCUAAGGUAAACAAAUCGCUAAGCGCAUCCCAGGACCUCAGCACCCUGGAAACGGUGGACGGACAGUCGCGCACCAGCUUGGCAUCCUCCUCUGGCGAUGGCGGUGUGCAUGGACUACUUGACUUUGCCGCUUUCGAUCGGCUUAGGAAUAAAUUGGGCAAUAUUGUCCGGCAGACGGUAACGGGCGGUAACAUUGAGGCCAUGGAGGAUACGGUGAACAGCGCUGGACUGCUUAUCCCCGGCGAACGGAGUGCCCCAAACACGCCGACGUAUGGCGGUGACACAGAGAUUCUGGCGAAGGCCCUUCAGCAACAGCAGCCGCGUAAGCAGAUCAUGAGCAUUGGCGGCGGGGAUGAUGAUGACGAGGAUGAGGACGAUGAUGAAUACACGGCUGGAUCGCCGAGUACCCCGCAAAAGCAACUGGAGGCAGGUGCCGAUGAGCUGGAAUACGCCGGUGGAGGAGACUACGAGGCAGACGAAGAGGACGACGAUGAGGUCGACGAGCACGUGGCCGCACAGCGGGCACGCCAGCGGGUGCAGAGUCCAACCAAAAUCUCGCCCCGUACACCCGUGACCCAAAACGAUCCGCUGGGCGCUCUUAACGAGGAGGAGGCCGCCGCCAGUGCCACGCCCACACAACAGAUGCAGCAGGAACAACAGCACUCACAGUCACAGAUCGACAGCAGCAUAUAUAGCGACAAGCCGAUCCUGUUCCGUGGACAGAGAAGCGCCACCUUCGACGAGUCGACGCAGAUCGGGAAGAGCAUGCACCGCUCGGAAACGAUGCCGGUGGCCAAUAGCGGAGUGACCAACAGCCUGGCCAACAUCGGAUCCUCGCUGAAGUUCACGUUCGGACGUUAUUCACCCGCACGAUUGUCCCUUAAGAAAGACUUGAAAUUGCCCGCCAAUAUUAUAGAAAAUAUAUCGAGCAUAAGUCCCAGCUUGACGGGCAAGAAGUCGAACGAGUUGAUCCAAGGGAGCUUGAGCAGCAUCAAAUCGGCGGCCAGUUCGCUGACCAAGAAGUUUGACGAGAUCAAGGGCGUCAUCUCGGCCAAUUCCACGCCGACGAAAACAAACAAUGGUCAUCAUCCGCAUGGCCUGCAUCACCCGCACCAUCAUCCGCAUCUUCAUCACCAUCCGCAGCAUGGCAAUCCGGAUCAGGAGGAGCACGAUUCAGCCGUUCACGAGGAGGGAAAAUUGCGACGCGUCUCCAGCGAUUUGGAUCCUUGGGGCAGACUCAGUGAGUCGCGCAAGUCCAGCUACAACAAUCUGGUGCCGUUGGGCGAGAACAGUUCCACCGGCGCCCUUCACAUGCACGCCUUUCCCGCUCUGCCCGACAACCUUUACAGUCUCAUUGGCGAGAACUCUUCAGAUCGUGACUGCGAUGUGCUGAUCCAGUUGACCACUUGCUCGCAGUGCCACAACUGUUCAGUGCUCGUCUACGAUGAGGAGAUCAUGAGCGGCUGGACGGCGGAGGACUCUAAUCUAAACACCACCUGUCAUGCCUGCAACAAGCUAACGGUCCCCUUCCUAAGUGUUCAAAUCGAGCGGCAGGCAGAAGCGUCCGAGCAAACGGAUCCCUUGGAUGACACCAAGGAGCACCCAGCCAACGGUACUAGCCUCAAGUCUAGCUUGACUGUGCCGUAUCUUAAUCCGUUGGUACUGCGUAAGGAGCUGGAGAACAUUCUCACCCAGGAGGGCGAUAUUGCGUUAAUCAAGCCGGAGUUCGUCGAGGAACACCCGAUUAUCUAUUGGAACUUGCUUUGGCUAAUGGAGCGUAUCGAGAGCAAGACGCACCUGCCGGAGCUGUGUUUGCCCGUUCCGAGCGACAAGGAGCACAUUGAUCCGCUGAGCAAGAUGAAGACGGUGCAUAUCCAAUGCCUGUGGGAUAACCUUAGCCUGCACACCGAGGCUAGUGGUCCACCCAUGUACAUCCUGUACAGGGAGACCCAGCCGACGAGUCCACUCAUGAAGGCGUUGCUAACCGACCAGGCGCAGCUCAACAAGAAUGUCAUUCAGCAAAUCAUUUCGGCCAUCCGAUGCAAUGAUUUCGCCACUCCCUUAAAGCGUUUGGCCAACGAGCGGCACAAGCUGAAGAGCAACGGGGUGGAGCGAUCGCAUUCGUUCUACCGUGAUAUCCUCUUCCUGGCUCUGACCGCCAUCGGUAGGGCCAACGUGGACCUGGCCACAUUCCAUCGCGACUAUGCGGCCGUCUUCGACAAACUGACGGAGCGGGAGUGCAAUAUGUACUAUCGCAACCAGGAUCUGCCGCCUUCGGCAUCAACGAUCUUCUGUCGUGCCUAUUUCCGUCCACUUCUGCUGCCCUGACGCAGUGACUCUCAGCCGGAGGAGUCGGGUGGCGACUGUGGAGCAUCUUCAGGCGAUGCCGAAGAAGAGGAGUUGACAUGAUUGAGAGGAUUAACAGAUGAUUCAAUCGUGGCGAAAUCUUAAAAGACAAGACGACCAAAAAGAAAAUUUCAUUAAAAAAAGAAAACGGAAACGAAGGGAAAGCUUAACGAGAACAAAACGCUUAUCACACACACACACACCUACAACUUAGGCUGGGUCGAUUUUAUAGAUUGGACAAUUAUAAAAUAAUUUUAUUUAGAGAUCAACGCUCUUAUUUACGUUAUAAAAACAAAAGAGAAGGACGGUAUUUCGGAACUAUUCCUAGUAGGCUAAAAAAAAAAUGUAAUUGUUUUAAACGAAACAUAUUUAAUUCGACAAAGUGUUCUUAGGUUUUCACAAUAAUAGUUUUGUUUAUAAAAAAAAAAAGGAAGGAAGCUUCAGACGAACUUAUUAAGAAUUGUCCUCAAGCCAGAAUUUUUGAUUAUUUUUUAACGAACUUCCCCAAAAUAACCCAAAAUAAUUGUCCAUUAACUUGACAAAUGUUAAAUUGUGAAAACAUGCAAAUGAUUUUGUAAAUGACUUGAUCAUACAUUUUAAGUACUUAACGAUUUUUCGCUGUUUAAACUUAAUCAAAAACAAAAUAAUAUAUACACACACACACACA